ACAGGCGCCCGAGACCCCGGUACAGAACGCGGUCCGAGGUUCCGCGGAGCUUACGCCUGCGCACAACGCGGCCGGUCGGGCGGGGGCGGAGCCAGGGCCGAUCACGCCCUUCGUCCACUCCGCCAGGUGCGCGUGCGCAGCGGCCCCGACCCCGCCUCAGUCUUCCUGGGCGGCGGUGGGUGUCUGCUUCUCUCUGCUUUUCGACCGCACCGCACUCGCGCGUGACCCUGACUCCCCCCUAGUCAGCUCAGCGGUGCUGCCAUGGCGUGGCGGCGGCCCGAAGCCGGCGUCGGGGCCCGCGGCGCGCUGGCUCUGGCGUUGCUCGCCCUGGCCCUGUGCGUGCCCGGGGCCCGGGGCCGGGCUCUCGAGUGGUUCUCGGCCGUGGUAAACAUCGAGUACGUGGACCCGCAGACCAACCUGACGGUGUGGAGCGUCUCGGAGAGUGGCCGCUUCGGCGACAGCUCGCCCAAGGAGGGCGCGCAGGGCCUGGUGGGCGUCCCGUGGGCGCCCGGCGGAGACCUCGAGGGCUGCGCGCCCGACACGCGCUUCUUCGUGCCCGAGCCCGGCGGCCGAGGGGCCGCGCCCUGGGUCGCCCUGGUGGCUCGCGGAGGCUGCACCUUCAAGGACAAGGUGCUGGUGGCGGCGCGGAGGAACGCCUCGGCCGUCGUCCUCUACAAUGAGGAGCGCUACGGGAACAUCACCUUGCCCAUGUCUCACGCGGGAACAGGAAAUACAGUGGUCAUUAUGAUUAGCUAUCCAAAAGGAAGAGAAAUUUUGGAGCUGGUGCAAAAAGGAAUUCCAGUAAAGAUGACCAUAGGGGUUGGCACCCGGCACGUACAGGAGUUCAUCAGCGGUCAGUCUGUGGUGUUUGUGGCCAUCGCCUUCAUCACCAUGAUGAUUAUCUCGUUAGCCUGGCUAAUAUUUUACUAUAUACAGCGUUUCCUAUAUACUGGGUCUCAGAUUGGAAGUCAGAGCCAUAGGAAAGAAACUAAGAAAGUUAUUGGCCAGCUUCUACUUCAUACUGUAAAGCAUGGAGAAAAGGGAAUUGAUGUUGAUGCUGAAAAUUGUGCAGUGUGUAUUGAAAAUUUCAAAGUAAAGGAUAUUAUUAGAAUUCUGCCAUGCAAGCAUAUUUUUCAUAGAAUAUGCAUUGACCCAUGGCUUUUGGAUCACCGAACAUGUCCAAUGUGUAAACUUGAUGUCAUCAAAGCCCUAGGAUAUUGGAGAGAGCCUGGGGAUGUACAGGAGAUGCCUGCUCCAGAAUCUCCUCCUGGAAGGGAUCCAGCUGCAAAUUUGAGUCUAACUUUACCAGAUGAUGACGGAAGUGAUGAGAGCAGUCCACCAUCAGCCUCCCCUGCUGAAUCUGAGCCACAGUGUGAUCCCAGCUUUAAAGGAGAUGCAGGAGAAAAUACGGCAUUGCUAGAAGCCGGCAGGAGUGACUCUCGGCAUGGAGGACCCAUCUCCUAGCACACGUGCCCACUGAAGUGGCACCAACAGAAGUUUGGCUUGAACUAAAGGACAUUUUAUUUUUUUUACUUUAGCACAUAAUUUGUAUAUUUGAAAAUAAUGUAUAUUAUUUUACCUAUUAGACUCUGAUUUGAUAUACAAAGGACUAAGAUAUUUUCUUCCUAAAGAGACUUUUUGAUUAGUCCUCAUAUAUUUAUCUACUAAAAUAGAGUGUUUACCAUGAACAGUGUGUUGCUUCAGAUGAUUACAAAGACAACUGGGGCAGGUACUCUAAUGUAAAGGACAGGUGGUGUUUCUAAAUAAUAGACUGGCUGCUACGGUUCUGUAAAAAACCGGUUAAUUCUAUUUUUCAAGGUUUUUGGCAAAGCACAUCAAUUUUAGACUAGUUGAAGUGGAAUUGUAUAAUUCAGUUCGAUAAUUGAUCUCAUGGGCUUUCCCUGGAGGAAAGGUUUUUUUUGUUGUUUUUUUUUAAGAACUUGAAACUUGUAAACUGAGAUGUGUGUAGCUUUUUUGCCCAUCUGUAGUGUAUGUGGAGAUUUCAAAACCUGAGAGCACUUUUUCUUUGUUUAGAAUUAUGAGAAAGGCACUAGAUGACUUUAGGAUUUGCAUUUUUCCCUUUAUUGCCUCAUUUCUUGUGAUGCCUUGAUGGGGAGGGAAAUCUGUUUAUUUUUUCCUACAAAUAAAAAGCUAAGAUUCUAUAUUGCA